CAUUAUCUGAGAGAAUUGAUAGAAUGGCUUUUUCUAAGAUUACCAUUUUACUUUGUGCGGCAUGUGUCGUCUCAGCCACCGGUCUGAGCAGACGCCAAGAAGCUGACUUCACCUACAUCUACAAUGAAUUUGAUUACCCAAUGGUACGGGAUGGCACUUUCCUAGAAUGGGACGGUACUGGCGAGAUAGAGGGGAUUAGGUUCACUGAAUACCCAUACGAAGAUGAAGCGGGAGAGUUCAAGACAGAGGAAGGAAAGUGUCUGGUUGUAGUGGAAAAGAACGAAUUUCCCGUUGUCGAAUUGGGAGAAUGUGCGGAUCAGCUAUUCACCCCCUUGAGUGAAUCCAGAGAGCUUCGUAUUGAAAGUUCAUUCAUUGGUGUUUGUGCAGACGGAGAUAACGGUGGAUAUGUGACUUGUCCCCUUGAGGAAUCGGAGGAUUUGUGUGUGAAUGGCGAUGAAGGAUAUAUCGCUGUCCGCCCAUGUAACGGCUACAUCGCGCGGUUGCACAACCAGAAGUAUAGAGACGGAUCUGUGGACGAGACAGAAGCUACAGGUGAGACUGGAGAUAUGACAACGGCCGUACAGAAUUCAUUUGACUAUUUCAUGACCUGGUCUGGCAGAUUUUUGGAGUGGAAGGGCCUUGGAGAGACUGUAGAAUUCAUUGAGUACCCUGCGACAGGCGAGGCUGGCGUGUUCAGAACUGCAAAUGACACCUGUUUGGUCAUUCGUGAUACGAACAAUUUCCCCUCGCUUGUGUUGGGUGAGUGCGACUUCCAGCAGUUUAUGCCCUCAGAAGACAAUGCACUGAAGAUUAUCAAUCCCCACAUUGGUGUCUGUGGCGAUUUCGAUUCUGGGUUUGUGAGCUGUCCAGUAGAAGAUUCCACUGAUCUCUGCGUAGAUGAUGAUGAGGGCUAUGUGGCUGUGCGACCCUGUACCGAUUACAUCAUAAAGCUCAGUAAUCCUAAGUAGACUGGAAGCGGAUUUGACUUUAAUCGCAUUUGUGAUUUGUAGUUGACCGAUCUAAAUAAAACUUUGAUAUCAGUGUUGCCGUAUAGCAAAUUUAAAUAGACACAUGUAUACAGAAAAAGCAUCAGACGCAUAGGCACUCCG